GUAUUUGUUAUUGUGCAAGCGCUCAGUUCGCACUGCUGCGAGGAAUCAUUGAUAACGCAAUACGGUUUUGACCUAUUUUACCAAUUGCGCAGUACUUAAAGAGUAACUAUGCCUUGUACCUGGAUUAGAGGCGUUAAGAAAUGCGCGGGAAGACAAGACGACAGCUUUUUCAGUGUUUGCCGUUGUUUUCUUACUUUGCGUACUUGUUAGCGUUGUUACAAUUGUAUGGACUAUGCCUGACAUUACACAUACAGAUGGAAAUACGCAUAUCUGCUUAAACAACAAUGACGUCGUGCAGUGCACAGAAACCAUUUCAACUUUGACGGGAUUAUUACAGAAAGAAAUAACUGAGGUGUACGAUCGGACCGUCAAACAAGACGCUUUAGAAACAAAGACAUAUUUUGAAGAAAAUGUGCAAAUUGAGCUCAAAAAUGAAUAUCUGGCAACGAUACCCGACAUGAAACCCGCCGCAAAGCUUGUGGGAUCGAUAAAAAGCAAUCAACAAGGAAUGGUUAAAAAGAAUGACACCCUAGAUAAAAUGAAAACAGUGCUAGAUUGGUUCCACGACAGAGAAUUGGAUUAUACAACAGGUUUUAUGAGAUAUGGAGUCAGAUACCAGAAUGGUCGCCUGAUUGUACCUCUCACAGGCACAUAUAAUAUCUACUCGUUUUUGAGUCUGACAGAGAAUAAUGACUUUGCCAACGUUCCUGUUCAGAUCACAAAUCGAACAGAGGUGAAACACUCUAUCUAUAAAUAUAAUGUAAAACUAGGAAAAGAUAUUGAACUUGCUUCUUCUCUCCAAACACACAGGCGGGCAUCCAAUCUUUAUUUUAAUGCAUUCAGUUCGCAAAUUUCGUUGUUGGUACAAUUAGAAGCAGGGGACGAAAUUUCUGUAAAGUUAAGUGAUUUAUCGCUUACGUCCUAUCCAAGUGAUAAUUAUUUUGGCCUUCACAUGAUAUGAUGCCUGUCAGUGGAGCUGCGUUCCCGGCGCGCAGGUGUUGUUAACUGAAGGUUCCACAUCCAACACAUACAACUAACAAAACCAACUUUUUGUACAAAUAUUCGCAUUUACAAGACAGCAUCAUGCAAUAUAAUUAUUUGCAAAAGAUCUGUUAUAAAAUAAUAUUUCACAGAAAACGACUUUGAUUUACGAAGCUGUAAACUGCAAAUAAUAUGCUGAUCUUGAUUCGAAACGGAACAGAGGUUAUGACAGUUCUAAAACUGAUUUGAAAAUUUAUUGUAAAUAAACAUCGGCGGAUGCCAGCGUGUUGUAAAAAUAAUAAUGUCCUGGUUAUAAAGUUCUGGUCUUAAAACACAAAAUAUAGAGUCCUGGUUCUGCCAUGUAUACGACCGGAAUGACAUGCGUUGUUUGAUGGGAUUCAAACAACUAUAACAAAAUGUUGAAGAACAUUUUGCAUGCGUGUUCAUUGUAAUAAAUAUGCAACUUGAAAACCAUAUGUACAUAUAUGGUCAUUUUCAUGUAUAAUGUGUACAAUGUUACAUGUGUGUGAAAUUGCAAUUUUAAAUAUGUUGGUGUAACAUAGUAUGUUUAUAUUUUUCAUUUCAAACAUUCCACGCCUUGUGUGAGCUAAGUGUACAUAUGUAGGGCACCCAAGAUACACAAAUACCGCACAAAAUGUAUCGACGUAUAGUUUCACAAAUCGAUAAACGAGGUUUUAAUAUGUGUUUUCUACACUAUUGAUGUUAUCUGCAUAAAGCACUAUAUAUCAAUGUAAUAUGGCCGAGUGUUUGCAUUGCUUGAAGGUAUUAAAUAGUUGUCCUAGUAAAUAUGUGAAACGUU